AUGAAAUAUUUAGACGAUUUAAAGAGUGAAUUGGAUUACUUCAUGAAAGAAGAAUCGAGGGACAGAGAUAAGAUGAUCGAGAUCAUCCGAAAAGAUCUCAUUGGAAUGCUUAAAAAUUCAGAAAAUUUCUCCUCAUUAACAGAAAAAAUCCAGCUUAAAAAGACGAAAAUUCAGUACAGAACAAUGAUGUGGAAUAUUCUUCUAGGACUCGGCAAAAUUGAUGAACAUGAUGCUGAUAAAUAUAUAACUGCUUACCACUACCUUUCUAAUUCAGACCAAAGAAAGCUUCUUGAAGAAUUACAAAGAAUCAGCAAGGCUCAAAAGGAGCAGAAAAACAAAACGGACUUUCAAUCAUAUUGUUCGUUUUUGGUGCUUUUCUCAGGCUUUCUUUCUCACUCUGGAGCUACAUAUCCUCUUCAUCAGCCUUUGCUUACUUUUGGCCAAAUUUUGCUUCAGAACUACUCUUAUCCACUAGCAUUUUUCUCAUUUAAGCAGUUUGUAGAAUACUAUGCCCCUCAUUGCUAUCCCAAGAAAGGUGGCAAAAAUGACGACAAAGAAGCACCAAAAUUGGCUGUCCAAAUCGCCUACGAAUACGAACCACAAUUAGUAGCAAAAUUUAAGCGCCACAAUCCCGAGUACAGUUUUUCAUUUAAUCAUGUUAAUUCAUUCUUCACCCAAAUGAAGCCAGUUGAUCAAGUUUCAAUAAUUUUUGAUUUUAUUUUUGCCUUUGGAGCAUUCAUGGUUAUAUUUAUCGAAGCUGGAUGGCUUUAUAUUAACAGCGACAUCAAAGAUAAUACAGAAGCUUACAAUUUGCCUGAUGCGGCAGCUGUUAUCAAGAAAGGCAUUGAAAUUCUCAAGAAGACAAAGCCCGAAUUGAUUGAAAAGGCACAAUCAUUCUACAAAUAG